UGCACGGAAAGCAAGCGCGCCUUUCUCGGCGCCCCCUCCGCCGCCUCUCCAGCUAUGCUGGCCCGCAGUCGCCUCCGGCCAGCCUGAGCUCUUUGACUCGGCUCGGUGCUCCUGCAAGGGGGCUGCGGCUCGGCAAGGCGAGGAAGAGGAGGAGGCGAAGAAGAAGAAGAAGAAGAAGAAGGCUGCACGAUGCGGAAAAGAGGCAGCGCGCCGCCACGCCGCCGGUGACCCCGGCCCGGGGCCGAGCGGAGGCUUGGGGUGGGAACCCGGCCCGGGCCGCUCCGGGUCUCUUCGCCCAGGCUGGGCACGCCUCGCCCGCCAGGCCCGCAGCGCAGCGCUGCGCCGCUCCUGCGCGCCCCUCGGCUCUCCCCGCCGCUGCGGCACUUCCACCAUGCUGCGCCGCCAGCUGAACCGCUUUUUCGCUGGGGAAGAAAAGCGAUUUGGGACUCGGACUAUAGUGGUUGGCCACCACUUGGUUCCUCAUAUUGAAGCUUAUGUGCCCCAAAAGUUCUGCUCCAAUCAAAUUGUCUCCUCCAAGUAUACAGUCUGGAAUUUUCUUCCCAAGAAUCUGUUUGAACAGUUCCGAAGAAUUGCCAAUUUCUACUUUCUUGUCAUUUUCCUCGUCCAGGUGAUAGUGGACACACCAACCAGCCCGGUGACCAGUGGCCUUCCUCUCUUCUUUGUGAUUAUUAUUACAGCUAUUAAACAGGGAUAUGAGGACUGGCUGCGGCACAGAGCGGACAAGGAAGUCAACAAAAGCGCAGUCUUUGUGAUUGAAAAUGGAGACAGUGUGAAGAAGGAGUGCGAAAAGAUUAAGGUUGGCGACAUAGUAGAAGUGCUAGCAGAUGACACCUUUCCUUGUGAUCUAGUUUUACUGGCCUCAAGUAACAAGGAAGGGACCUGCUACGUCACGACUGCCAGUCUAGAUGGAGAAUCAAAUCACAAGACUCACUACGCUGUGCAAGAUACAGCCAAGAUGAAUACAAUUGAAGCCAUGAACAGUUUGGUUGCCACUGUCGAAUGUGAACAACCCCAGCCAGAUUUGUACAGGUUUGUGGGCAGAAUUAACAUCUACAGCGAUGAACCAGAGCCGUUAGCCAGACCGUUGGGUCCCGAGAACCUUUUGCUGAAAGGAGCAAAAUUGAAAACCACCCCAAAGAUUUACGGAGUUGCUGUAUAUACUGGGAUGGAAACCAAGAUGGCAUUGAACUACCAAGGGAAGACUCAGAAACGCUCUGCAGUUGAAAAGUCAAUCAAUAUAUUCCUGUUGUUCUACUUGUGCCUGCUGGUGAGCAAAGCUAUCAUAUGCACUACUUUGAAAUACAUCUGGCAGAGUGUCCCAUAUCACGACGAACCCUGGUACAACCCCAAAACCCAAAGAGAGAGAGAAGCUUUCAAGCUGCUAAAGAUGUUCACUGAUUUCCUGUCCUUCAUGGUCCUCUUCAACUUCAUUAUCCCGGUCUCCAUGUAUGUGACUGUCGAGAUGCAGAAAUUCCUAGGCUCCUUCUUCAUUACCUGGGACAAAGAGAUGUAUGAUGAAAAUAUCCAAGAAGGCGCCUUGGUGAACACCUCUGACCUCAACGAAGAACUUGGGCAGGUUGAAUAUGUGUUUUCGGAUAAAACAGGGACUCUAACGGAAAACACCAUGGAAUUCAUUGAGUGCAGCAUUGACGGCUACCGAUACUGUGAUUCCUUUUCACAAGUGGAUGCAAAGAGGUCUACAGGAAAAGCAGACAAGAAACAAGAAGAACUGUUCCUUCGAGCAUUGUGUCUCUGUCAUACGGUUCAAGUCCAGAAAAAGGACGAAAUCGAUACCGUGACGUUGCAGCCCAAAACGACCCAAAUCUACGUUGCAGCUUCUCCAGAUGAAGUGGCUUUGCUACAGGGGGCUCAGAAGUAUGGUUUCACUUUUCUAGGACAAGAAAAUAACAUCAUGGCGGUAGAGAAUUCCAAAAAGCAAAUUGAGAGAUACGAACUUCUGAACAUCCUUGAUUUUGACUGCGUCCGUCGCCGGAUGAGCGUUAUCGUGAAGAUGCCGGAUGGAAAAAUAUACCUAUUUUGCAAAGGAGCGGAUUCUUCAAUUUUCCCAAGGGUCCCUGAGGCUGAAGCACAAAAGACAAAAGUCCAUGUGGAACAGAAUGCAGUGGAUGGGUAUCGGACACUCUGUGUGGCCUACAAGGAAAUAUCACCCGCCGUCUACAAGGUCCUAGAAGCCCAGAUUAAAGAAGCCACUGUGGCUCUACACAACCGAGAAGCCAGGAUGGCCAAGGUCUUUGAUGAUAUUGAGAAGGACAUGCGUCUGAUUGGCUCCACUGCUGUAGAAGACAAACUCCAGGAUUUUGCAGCUGAAACCAUUGAAUCCCUCCACGCAGCAGGCAUGAAGAUCUGGGUGUUGACAGGGGACAAGCUGGAGACGGCCCAAGCCACCUGCUAUGCAAGUCGCCUCUUCCACAGCAACACAGAGCUACUGCUCUUGACAGCAAAAAUGGUGGAGGAAGGUGACAGAAAAAUGGAGCGGCUUCACGAACUGCUGAUGGAGUACCACAAAAAGUUGGUGACCGACGCGCCCCCAGGGAAGAAAAGCUGGGUAUCCAGUUCAGACUACGGACUGGUCAUUGAAGGGGCCACCCUUUCCCUGAUCAUGAACCCUUCUCAAGAUUCCAGCUUCUCCCACUACAAGAGCAUCUUCCUCCAGAUCUGCCUGAAGUGCACCGCCAUUUUGUGCUGCCGGAUGGCCCCGUUGCAAAAGGCUCAGAUCGUCCGCAUGGUGAAGAAUUCCAAAGGCAGUCCCAUCACUCUGGCUGUUGGAGAUGGAGCCAAUGAUGUCAGCAUGAUUUUGGAAGCUCACGUGGGCAUCGGUAUCAAGGGAAAAGAAGGACGCCAAGCCGCCCGGAACAGCGACUACGCCGUCCCCAAGUUCAAACACUUGAAAAGACUGCUCUUGGCUCACGGGCAUUUGUAUUAUGUCCGAAUAUCUCAUCUUGUACAGUAUUUCUUCUAUAAGAACCUUUGCUUCAUUUUCCCACAGUUUUUAUAUCAGUUUUUCUGUGGCUUUUCACAGCAGCCUCUCUAUGAUGCGGCUUACCUGACUAUGUUCAACAUCUGCUUCACCUCUCUGCCAAUCGUGGCCUACAGUCUCCUGGAACAGCAUGUCCCUAUUGAUGUAUUGAUGACUUUCCCAAAGUUGUAUUUGAAUGUUUCCGACAAUGCUAUGCUCCAGUUGAAGCCAUUCGUCUACUGGACCUUCUUGGGCCUUUUCAACGGUUGCGUCUUUUUCUUUGGUGCUUACUUCCUUUUUCAAAAUGCCUCUAUAGAAGACAAUGGAAAGAUGGCAGGACUCUGGACGUUUGGAACAAUGAUUUUCACUGUCUUGGUCUUCACAGUCACACUAAAGCUGGCAUUAGACACUCGGUUCUGGACGUGGAUGAACCAUUUUGUCAUCUGGGGCUCCCUGAUUUUCUAUGUCUUUUUCUCUUUCUUCUGGGGAGGCUUCAUUUGGCCUUUCUUGAAGAAGCAAAGGAUGCACCAUGUGUUCGCCCAGCUGCUCUCAUUCGCCUCUUCCUGGCUGUUGAUUUUCUGCCUGAUUUUCAUCUCCCUCCUCCCCGAGGUCGUCGGCCUCGUAUUUAGACACUUAAAAAGGAAAAGCAGCGAGCCCAACCCUUCGGAGUUACCAAUGCUGGUGUCAUACAAGCAGCUAGAGAACAGCCAUUCUGCAGAAAUGAAACCCAGAGAGACCCUCGCUCACCUGGCUGAAUGCCAUCUCAGGAUAUUUCAAAUGCAACAGUUAUAAUUCUGCUUUUUUUGUUGUUGUUGUUGUGAUGCAACGAGUUGUCCGCCCUACCCGAAAGGAAGAUGCCAUUUAAAGAAAAAAAGAAAAGAAAAAGGCGCAUGGAUUUGUUUUUUCUUUUUUUGCCUUUUUUUAAAAAAAAUGGUGCAAAAUCCUUGAAGGCUUGUGGAUGAGUUCUCUUUCUCUCCCACUCCAUCCUCCUCAUAAUGCCAGCCCCGAGAACCCCAACUGGCUGUUUUGAUUGUGAAAAAUGGAGAGAGAUUUGGGACCUUGGAAACGAAGGACGCAGCUUCUGUUUUGCAACUGGCUGUCGGACAAGGGGAAUAAAAAAGACCAUUUUCCAGCUUUGGGUUUUCCCUUCUGAACCGGUAAAAGAGCACAGAUUUUCAUUCUCAUUUCGCAAGUGUAAAGUUGGAUUAUUGUCUCUUGCCUAGCCUGCUUCCUUGCACCCUACAGCAUUUUUCCAUUCUUUCUACCAACAAGUGGAGUUGUUUUCUUCUUUUUUCUUCCUCUUCCUAAUCAACUCAGCGGUUCAAUGAAGGAAAUGAGGAUGGACGUGUUGGCUGCUAACUGAACUUUCUCCACAAGACACCAAGGAGGAUGUCAUAAAAGCCACUUUUUUAAUACAAAAAAACCACACACACAAUGGGGAAAAAUCAGAAAGCUGAUGAGAUGCACCGAAAGUUCUCCCCUCUCUCUCUCUCUCUCUCUCUCUCUCUCUUUUUUUUAAAUGCAAUCCUUUUUUUCCCUCUGGCUUGAAGCUUUCAUAAUCAAGAUCCAUUUAAUUUCAGAAGAGUCAAAGUGCCUGAGCUUCAACCCUCUUUUUUUCCCCCUCACUGGACUAUCCUGGUUUUGUGGAACAGUUGGAAGAACUUUGGGUGUAGAACAUCAGGAGUGCAAGACUUGGCCAGUGGGCUUGUCAUCUUUUGCCGUGCAAAUUCUGUUCCCUUCUAAAACUUGUGGGAGGUUCCGAUAGGAGAUAAGGUCAUACAUCUCCAUUGGGCUAUACGGGUUGAUUACCACCAACCCUAAAAAAAAUAAAUAAAUAUCUUGCGUACAAAAGGGAAGAACUAAUACUUUAAGCAAUACAUUCUGGAUGUGUUAGCACAUUGCUUUGCAAAACCAUCUGGGAUCUUCAACUUCAAUGUUUGGUGUGAAGACUAAAACAUCGACAGAGGUCAAGUUCCCAGAGGCACCCUGUUUUUCUAAGACUUUGCUCGGAAAGAAAGGAGCAGGUGACUAUCUGGUCACCCAGGUGAGACAAUAUGGAUGACCAAAGGAGUUGAGUUAGACCCAAACAGCCCCAGUAUUCAUGACCUCCCUGUAUUCAUCUUUUCAAUACCCGUUAAUCUCCGUUCAUUCAUCCUCCUCAGUCUUUGGAUUAAAACGUUCACCUGUUCCCUGCAUCCCAGUUUGGGCUGCUUAAUUCAAGACCCAUCUGGUCAACUUUAUCUCCAAGGCAUGCCACAUCUAACAAGCCACCUCUGCACAUCCUCUGAAGAAGGUGUCCUAUAAAAUCUUUUGGCGCACCUAAAACAAAAACAAAAAAAUUCCCUUAUUUGCAUGAACAGAGCAGCAAAGCAUGUAUCUACGGGCAAAAUUGGCAGACGUCUUUGCAGCAUGAAAGAACCACAACAAUCCCACCUCCUGACACCAAAUGGUGGCACAUGAAAUUUCCUCAAAAGUGUUCGUGGCCACGAGAGCCGUGAUGGAGGAAGAUCUAAGUUGGGUUUCAAAGGAGUCGAAGUUUGGAUGUGUAGAUGCAGUUCUCGCCCAGCAAAGCAAGGCUGAGAAGAUACUUGAAGUGCAUCGGUAGUAGGGCACGGAUAGGGAAAGGUCUGUGUAGCCCUGAAGAACAAGUUACUAUGAGUACCUUGAACACACGUACUUAUUGUUGAAAUGGAGGCAGAAUGAACUAUCCUUCUGUUGCCACCUCCCCUUAGAAACAAAACAUACACACACACAAUCACCCGAGAGCAAUCUUAUUUUCAGCGUGCUGACCAAUAAGCUGCAUUUUUUUGCAACCUUGCAAAAGGUUAUCAAGAGAAGAACAACCUGUUGUCUUAUUUUAUUUUUUAUUUUUUUUUUGGCAAAGGAACAAUGGAGACCAGAACCUGAGUCCAAAUAGCUCUUUAAAAAAAAAAAAAAGGAAAAAGCUUGCAGGAUGUCAGCUACAGCCACAUUUUUUUCCAACUUAAAACAAAGAGGGUAAAAUAUGGUUGGUCUUUUUUGAUGUUUACAUGAUUCCCUGAUAAUUGAAAACCAUUCCUGCAUCCAUUUUUAAUUGGGGAACAGGAGGGAUGGGUUAUUAUUUUUAAAUAACACAAACAGUAAUACUCAGGAGUUUGAGAAUUAGCUUUUCGUUGAAACCAGGAGAAAAGCUCAUUCAGUUUCCAUUGUCUUCCUAUCCAAACAGAGCGAGGUUACAAAUAGAGAAGCAUUUUUCCUGGUUUUUGCUGCAUGACAAAAAACAAAAAUGCAAUUAUAUCAUUUUUAAAACCACGGCCU